AUGGAAGUUUCCGGAGGAAAGAGGAAAAGCGUCGAAAGCAUUAGGAGUUCUCUUGGCGGGGCAGUGUCUGAGGCGAACAGUGGAUCGGGAAUGCAGAGUCCGUUUCCAAAAAGAGCAAAGAUGCCUCCGCUAUGGAAGGACAGAGCGGCGACGGAGGGUGCUAAGGAAGAAGACACUGCAGCUGGGUGCUUUACUGCCCAGGAAAGACCAUCUAUGGCUGGAGACAAAACAGACAAGUGCAAUGGCCUUUCUGCAGGUGAUCUAGACAGUAGCCUUGACAGUGACGAGUCUGACGAGUGUAGCGGGCUUCAGAGCAUGUACCAUGUCAAGGGCCUUGGGAGUCUGUACAAGAACCUUAAGGUUUUGAGGAUUUCCGACAUGGUCUUGGAAAAGAGCAGAAUGAACCAUCCGAAUCCAAAGUUCUUGUGCAAUAUCGAGGGAGGAAGCAACUAUACCAUGGUCCUAAGUGACCUGUAUUUCAAACAGAGGACUAAGAGCUUAAAAAAGGAACUCAAGCUGAAGCAGCUGAUCGAGGAGUUUUUCUCUGCAUUGGACAGGUUUGUCCUCAUUGCAAACUACUGCCUCAAGAGCACGGAAAUAGAAGAUGGGGAUGAGGACUUCAACUUUGCCUUGCAGUGGGUAAGAGAUGCAUUUCACUGGCUGGGGAUUGAAGGGGCGAAGUAUUAUGCACGAAAAUCACCAGGGCCAUACAGCGGAUGGGUUUCCGACGUGGAGUUCCUGAUGAACAGGUACUUCUUCAGCCCGGAGUUCAACCAUGUGAAUGGAUUUGAUAUCGAGCAGUCAAUACACGAAGGAUAUAGAUUUGUGGAGAGCAGCGACGGAAAGUUCUAUCUUUCGUAUCAGCCAUAUCCAGGAUACUACGAUGCCAGUGAAGAGAACAAGCAGUUCUGUCCCAAUUGUAAUCUCACACUGCCCCAGCAUCUGAGUCUUCUAGACGGGGAUUGCCACCUGGAUGGAAAACCUCGAUGA